AUGGAGUUGAAUACGCGCCCAAUUUUAUUCAUCUGCAUGUUGUGCCUACUUUCGUCUGAAGUCAUUUAUGGAUAUCACAUAAAAGUAAAUCAGGCUAAAUCAACCAACCCACGCGUCUGCAUUAUCGGUGCUGGUAUUGCCGGGUUAACCACGGCGAGAUAUUUAAAAGACGAAGGAAUAAAUUUUACAGUACUCGAAGCUACCCGCUAUGUAGGUGGCACCUGGAGAUAUGAUCCAAGGGUGGGCAAAGAUGAAAAUGGUUUACCAUUACAUACGAGCAUGUAUAUGAAUUUGAGGACGAAUUUGCCGAAACCAACAAUGGAAUUACGAGGAUUUCCUAUACCGAAAGAUAUGGCAUCGUUUCCCAGCUGGGAGGUAUAUUACGAGUAUAUUAAGUCUUAUGCUGUUCAUUUUGACUUGGAGAGACAUAUUAAGUUCUUACACAUCGUAACAUCAGUGAAACGGCAGGGUAAGGUGUGGAUUGUGAAGUAUAAACACGUCAUUAAAGGAAAUGAAUACGUAAAUGAAUAUGACUUUGUUGUUGUUGGAACUGGUCAUUUCAGCAAACCCAACACACCUAAAGUGCGAGGAGAGCAGCUGUUCCAAGGAACUAUAAUCCACAGUCACGAUUAUAGAAUUCCUGAAAAUUUCAAGGACCGUCGUGUUAUAGUCGUCGGUGCGGGUCCGUCGGGAAUGGAUAUCGCUUUAGACGUCGCUUGCGUUUGUAAGAAACUAGUUCAUAGUCACCAUUCCAAGGUGAACUUUCGAACUAAAUUUCCAAAACACUACAUAAAAAAGCCCGAUAUCAAAGAAUACAACGAAACUGGAGUGUUUUUCGUGGACGGUACCUACGAAGAAAUCGAUGAUGUCAUUUAUUGCACCGGUUUCCAAUACUAUUAUCCGUUUUUGGACGAAUCUAGUGGCUUGACGCUGGACACACACAGUGUCAUACCGCUUUACAAAUACAUGGUGAACAUAAACCAGCCCAGCAUGGUCUUCAUGGGGCUGGUGAUCCGUGCAUGCAUCGUUAUCGCUAUAGACGCUCAGGCCCGCUACACGACAGCCCUGGUGAAGGGCAACUUCACUCUUCCAUCCAAGGAAGCCAUGAUGGCGGAGUGGCAGAAGCAAGCUGACAUUAUUCGUUCCAAGGGACGACCAAUAUCCGAUAUACAUUUCUUAGCAGAGAAAGAGGAUCAGUACUACGAAGAGAUGUCGAAGGAAUCUGGUAUUGACCGUGUGCCGCCAGUCAUAUUCAAAAUACGAUCGGUCGACACCGAGGCGAAGCUGGAGAAUCUUUACACGUACAGGAACUACGUGUACGAGAUAAUCGACAAGGACAAUUUCACGAGGAGCAUGGAAAACGAUACCAACCCCACACGUUACAGCUGCGCACCU